AUCCAUUACCGCAGGAUCACAGCAUGAAGCUCCUACUGCUGCUGCUCCUGACCUUCAGCGCCGCUCAGAACACCAGCCGGACCCCAGCCGGCCCGGAAAAACUCAUUAUAGCCAGAGGAAAACUGCUGGCUCCGAGUUUGGUGGGAUGAUCUAUAAAGAAGAUGCCUGAGCUCUACACCUUCCUGAUGGAGCGCUGGGCUCUGUAUCAUAAUCUAGAGUACGAUUCAGGAGAAGACAAGAAACCCCGCCUGAUCUUCUACAACGACAAGGAGGAGGUGGUGAUGACAGUUCCAGUGAAGAAGAUGAAGGCAGAUGAGAUCAGUAAUCUCCUAGACUCUCUGGGCUUCUAUAAGAGGUCAAAGAAAGGCGAGGAAGUCCCUGAGGAAUUCCAGAACUUCCCUCUGAAGGCUCCACGAGACGAACUGUGACCUCUGCUGGCUGACUGCUGAAUCUGCUGCACCCAGCAAAUAAUGACGCCCAGGACCCCAAGACCUUCAAACCGGGUCAGGCUCUGGGCCGAGACUCUGACGGCUUGGUGUAGUUAACACUCUCAGCAUGUGAAUAACUGUACAAUAAAUGAUUGAGGAAAUAA